AUGGAUCAAGACAACGAAAUUGAUAGAUUACAUGAAACUGAAUUAUGGAAUAAUAACAAUAAUAGUAAUAAUGAUCAUAAUGAUUUAACUUUGCCGUCAUCAAUAACUGCAUUUGAUCCUAUUCAACAACAAGAAUUAGAACAAUUACAAGCUUUACUUGAUCCAACAUCAACAUCAUUACAGAAUCAUAAUGAACAAGAAGGAGAGGAACAAGAAUUGAAAAAUAAUGAUACGUCUCAAUGUUGGAUUAGAACAUUAAUAUUUAUUGGUUAUUGUAUAUCAACAGUUUUUUUUUCAAUACAUUUAUGGAUUCAAUAUUUUUUCAUUAAAUAUACUUAUGAUGAUCAAACUGCUGUGAAUAUGUUGAAUUAUGUAACUGCGGCUCAAGAACAAGCAAUUGAUGAAUAUCUGAGAAAGACAAAAAGGAGGACAAGUAGUAAUAGUAGUAUGAGGAGGAGAAUGAGGAGGAGGAGUAGUAGAGAAAGUGAUCUUCAUCCAUAA